GGUAUGUGUAUCACCAUGCGUGAGGCAUGGCUGACCAUAGACCGGCUCAGAAGUGGCCGAGACAUUCGCCUCUCGACCGCGACCAUGAGAGCACUCAACUCUCGACGCCCACGGUCAACCGCGAGCAUCUAUCGGCUCGUGCCUCGCUCGACUCUUUGUUUCUUCUUUCUGCUUUGCGUCCUUCAUCACACACGAGCGCGAAGUGUGCCUCACGAUGACGGCAGCGUCAUUGCGGAUCAAGUGAAUGAUAAGAUUUCAAAACCGGUAGAGGUGAGUGAUCCUGACGACGUAAACAAAGAAGAUGCGGAUCAAGCACGAAAAAGCUUGGCGAUAGCAAAUCAUGAUGAAGAUGAAGAUGUUAGUGAAGGAAGAAAUAAUUCAAAAGAAGAGAUACUCGUCGAGGAUCCUGAAAAAAUUCAAGCCGAAGUUGCCAGUGAUGAAGGUAGCGUGGCGAAGAAGAGAAGACGAAACGACGUGAGUCUUUCCGGUAAACCCGUGUCGCAGAAUGGCGAGACUGUUGCACAGAAUGUCGAGGAAAAGAACGAAGGUGUUCGAAGAUUUGACGCUCAGGUCGAGUCUGAUGAUACUGAGACGAUAUUGGAUCAACGGAAUGUAUCGGACAAUACAGAAAACAGUCAGGAUUCACAAGAAGAUACUAUUGAAAUUAACGUCGAGGAAUUACACGCGGAUGUAAGAAACAUAGAUGUGAAUGCCGAUGAAGAUAGGGCGGAGCCGGAAGAAGAGAAGAACGUAGACACUUCUUCUAAUCUUGGAGAGAAUCUAGAAGAUAUUAAAUUGAAAUGCGCGGAUAAAAUAGAUUUAAACAAAGAAGAAACGGGGCAGAUCGAAAAUUUAGCGGAACAUAAUUUGGAUGAGGCACAAAUAGAGAAUACCGAGAAAGUGAACGAAGACGUACGCAAUGAGCUUCGUAGCUUGCAGCUUCCUCAAACGGAAGAAACCGAAAGUAAUCAAGAGGAACAUGUCGUGGAAGAAACUGAAAGUAAUCAAGAGAAACGUGUGAUCGACGAGGCUUCGAGCAAUGAAGAAAUCGGUGACGAAGAUUUGGAUCUGAACAGAGAAAAUAGAGCCAGUGUUCCAGAGAAAUUUGCGGCUGAAAAAGACGAAGAGAUUCGCAAUCAACGUAACAGCGACGCGGAAGUGACAUCGACUCGAAGUGAGAAUCUUGAUCAAUCAUCUUCAACAACGGAAGCCGAUUUAAACCGUUUUCAAAAAUGGAAGAAUCAAGCUGCGUUUCUUCAGGAACAAAUCAAGAACAGAACAUUUUUGCAGUAUUUAAGAGAACAGGCAAUUGAGGUGCUCCCCGAUAUUCCAAAAUUCACGGAAAAUCAGUUAUUGGAUACUUUGAAGGAUAUUGCGAUAACGCGGGAGUCACUUACGAACGAAACGUUCUUGGCUAGCUUAAACACGACUGAAUUGACUAAAAAUCAAUUGGAAAUAAUAAAGUGUGCCGAGCAAUUAGUACAGACAAAACAGCGCCAGUCGUUCGUGGAAAAUAUAGGAGAAUGCAUUCGCGGUCUCAGUGUCUUUAAUUGCAUACGCAUCUUCGUCUGGCCCGUCGUGCUCGACAAUCUCCCGGAAUCAGUUAAGCAGCCUCUGAAUAAUCUACCAAUCGAGGUAAACUUAAUGGAUUUAUUUCAGGGUAACAGAGCCAAAUCUGCGAGAUCAGAGAAUAGCCUUCAUCAUCCGUGGUUGCUAACGCCUGAGUUCGUUGUUUUCAACAUUCUGAAGGGUGCUUUGGAAUCGAAAGUCACCUACGAGUUGGUGCCGACUUUCAUCGAUCCGACGAACGAAACCCUGAGGGCACUGCUUACUAUCGGUCAACUCCAAAUUUUGCAGAUGGCUGAGAAACUUUUACCCGGUGAGAGGCGUCGCGAAUAUGCCGACAGGAUGUUCUCAUGCGUACGUAGAUUCGAGUACUUCAGCUGCGUUAAGUACUUUGCUUGGCCGAUGGUGAAACAACAUUAUCCGACGCUGCCGGCUUUUCCGGAUUAUCAGAAUUGGUAUCCAUCGAUACCGUUGUAUCCGCAGUACCCUAUCGUUCCCUUUCCCAGUUUUGUGGGGACUCCUGGCGAGCUUCCGGAAGUCAUUGAAGCUGACGCCACGAGAAUGCGGAAGCCCAAGCCGGAAGCGGUGAUCGUGAACAUCCUUCAGAAUACCUUGAAGGAGCACGCGAAGGUUCCUCCUCCUUCUAUCGCUCAUACUACAGAUUCUUACAUUGCUGUACUUCCUCCGGAGCAAUUACUGUCGAUCCACAUGGCUGAACAGCUACUUCCUAUCGCGUAUCGUCCAGAAUUUGUUCAGAAGACUGUUAAGUGCAUUCAGGAAUUUAAUUAUGUAACCUGUUUUAAAUAUUCCACCUGGCCGACGGUCAAACAGUUUAUUCCCAAUCUACCGGAUAUUUCCGAGUGGCUACCGGACUGGCAAUUGCCCGAUUUCUUCGGUUUCUUGCCAAAUUUUCAGUUUCCUGAUUUUUCAUCAAUUUUAGGAGGAAGCCAAUCACCGACUUUACCGAUUCCACCGACUUUACCAAACCCACCGACUACGACGACACCGCUAGUCACUGAAAAUCCAUCGGAAUCCGCUGGGGCAGAAAAAUUAUCCAGUCGGAUUCCAUUAUUAUCACGCCAAAACGAAAUUUCUUCCAAAGCAUCCAGCGAAUUAGAAAACAAGGUUACGGAGAUUUUAACAAAGGUACGUAAUUCCCUGAGAGCGACAUCGAAAAAUUCGCAUUUAAUCGUCAACGAAAAUGUGAUUGUUCUGACAACAAUUACUGAGAAACAACUUAAUAUACUACAAUUAGCGGAGAGCAUGGUACCACCUCCGGCUCGAGCACCUCUUGUAGUUCAAGUUAUGUCUUGCCUCCAGGCGAACAAUGACUUUCUCAAUUGCACCAGAUACGUUAUUUGGCCCACGGUUGCUCUUUACGUUCCUAAUUUCCCUGAAUUUCCUGAUUUUUCAUCUGCUCAACAACCAUCGAAACAAGAAGACCAAAUACCAUUGAAAGACAAGAACGUUUCAGCUAUCAAGGAUCAGCAGGAAUGGAACAAAUCGCAAACGAAUUCCAACGUGAAGAUUAUUUCUAGGACGAAAUUUUCGCCUAAUAAUGGUCCUGUGAUUAGUGUUACUGGUACCCGAUUUGUGCCGAUAUUUACAGAACAUCCUGAAUCGGUAAUACUUAACAUUCUCAAGGCGAUUCAGCUAUCUUCGCCAAACGUAAGAGAUGAGCAGAGUGUGAAAAUAACUAGCACGCAACAGUUUGACCAUCUGCUUAAUGAUCAACAAUUGACUAUUCUUAAGAUAACAGAGGGCUUACUACCCGAUGCAACCCGUUCUGCUUUUAUCGAUCGAAUGAUAGAAUGUAUACGCAAGAACAAUUUUCUAGGAUGCUCAAGGACGGUAUUGUGGCCGAGUUUAUCGAAAUAUUUCCCUAGAUUGCCCAGCUUUCCAAAUUUCGGAGGACAUCUUCAAGCAGCAAACAAUAAGUCUACAUUAUCUCAGAAUCUGACUGACCCAUCGCCGUUGUCGGAGACUGAUGUGAAAGUCGGUCAACACGGAGAUGCUACUGUUACCAUUACAGAUACUAGAUUUUAUCCGAUUUUUUCGGAACAUCCAGAAGGUGUAAUUUUAAGAAUACUUAAAACCGUACAGCAUUCUACGCCGGAAGUCCUGCCUUCAAUGAUUACUUCAAGAUCGCCGCAUGUUACGUCUUAUUUCACGGAACAACAAGGUAACAUCGUUCAAAUUGCAGAAAGUCUAUUACCGGAAUCAGUAAGACCAAUCUUCGUAGAGAGGAUGAUCGCUUGUGUUCGAGAGAGCACAUUCCUCGACUGUACAAGGAAUAUAGCUUGGCCGACAAUUGCUCAAUUCUUCCCGAGAUUGCCAAACUUUCCCAAUUUUGGAAAUUUUCAAAUUCUGCCAAGAACUAAACUCGAUUUAUCAUCGAUCAUACUACGUAACGUUUAUUCCGGUAAUCAGACAUUUAAUGAAAAAAAUGAAAAUAUAUCAAAAAUUGCCAUAGAAACAAUUGAGGAUAAAAUAGAGAAUACAUUGAAAGAUUUGCUAAGUAAGAACUCAUCACCGCGUUCAGAAAAUUCUUACCUAGACGUCAAUAAUCCUGUGAUAGGCACUUUUUUGACUGCUCAGGAGAUGAACAUUGUCAGAUUGGCGGAGAGAGCAAUACCGGAUUUGAUACGUCGCGAAUAUGUAACCAACUUGUUGGACUGCGUGAGAAGCAAUAAUUUCAUGGCCUGCACCCAGCAUAUCACUUGGCCAAUUUUGAAGCAAUUUUCACCAAGUAUACCAAGCCUCGAAGAGUUAUUCGGUCAGUUUCAAACUCCUGGUGCUGGUCAGAUUCCCGGUAUAAGCCUAAUUCCUGGCUCUGGUCAAAUUCCUGGUAUUAGCCAAAUUCCGGGCUCUGGUCAGAUUCCCGGUAUAAGUCUAAUUCCUGGCUCUGGUCAAAUUCCCAUUAUUGGCCAAAUUCCUGGCGCAGGUCAAAUUCCAGGUGCAGGUCAAAUUCCUGGUGCCGGCCAAAUUCCUGGAGCCGGUCAGAUCCUUGGUAUAGGUCAACUUCCUGGUCAGAUCCCGAGUUUUCCUGGAAAUCCUUUCGCCGAGCGUCCUGGCAUACAGUUUCCUCUCCCUCAACGUCCUACGGUACCGAGUGGAAUUCAAACUGGCAUUCCUCAGUUUCCAGGAUUGCCUAGCUUUGGCGGCAUAAAUUAUCCGCAAAUUCAAAUCCUGUCGGAUACGCCGAAAGAGUCGAAGUUGCAGGAGCCAAAGCUACAGGAAUCGAAGUCGCAGGAAUCGAAAUUGCAGAAGUCGAAGCAGGAGCUGAAAUCUCAAGAGCAAACAGUUCAGUCGAAAGUUGCGCAUGCAGUGGAACAGGCAAACCAGAUAAGUGGAGAAUCGAGGGCUUCGAACACUGCGUCAGUAGACGAGCAAGGAACCAUCCCCGAGUAUCUUGGACAGCCAACAAACAUCCUCAUAGAUACUUCCAAGGAAAAAGUCCAGUUGUCUGAAUUUAAGCAACAAUCAUUGUCGGAGUCCGUUCCCUCAAGCGCAUCAUCCAAGAAACACAAAAGGAGACGAAGAAGUACUGAUCAAUUAUUAAAUUCUUACUAUGAGACCGAAGGAGAAAUUGAACAGACUUCGAAGACGACAAUGGAUAGUAUGUUCCCGAACAUCACGGAAUCCGAUUUUCUUCAGCUUCUAGUUAAUAUUUCCAAAUCUGAACAAUUUUUGGAAGAAAAAUCCAAAGAUAAUUCAAAGGAAUAUUUUGUUGAUACAUUAAAUUAUACAGUCAGAAAUUCUCUAACUGCCGAUCAGUACGAAAUCUUGAAACUAGUGGAAGAUUUGAACGAACAUACGGCAAAUCGCAGUUUUCUAUCGCGAGUAGUUCGAUGCGUACAGAGCUUGAGCUUUAUCAGAUGCAUGGGCAUUUUUGUCUGGCCAGUAAUUACUAGUAUCGUGCCAUCUAUCUUGCCGUCCUUACCAUCAUUUCCUAUUGGUUUCGGAAGAUCAAUGGAAACUGAAGUACAGAAUUUCUUCGGUAUGUCCACGAAGGAUUUCGAGAAGGAAUUAUUGACGAGAAAGAAAUCAAUGGAAAAUAUUUUCUUGGACUGGUAUAAGAUAGCAAUGGAGGAUAAAUUUCAAGUAGACAUGGGUUUCUUAAAGCUUAAGGGUUACGGGAACGGUGAAAUCGGUAUAAGCUUCAAUGGCUUUCGCGAAGGUAGAGCUACGAAGAUCAAAGACAACAAGAACUUGCCGAGUAUCCUGACGAUCAUCAGCGAUAUUAUGGAAGAAGUAUUGGAUCAGCGGCCGGACAACGAGAAGCUGAAGAAAGAAAAAGAAAGAAAAGAGAGGAGUCUGGAUGACAUGCAAGAUGCGAAUUUUCAGCUUUUGCAAGAGAGCGAUGAGUAUACGGACAUUAAGCGAUCUAUAAAUGACGAUAAGAUAAUCACUAUGUUUCUAGAUAAAAUCAAGGCCAACGCAACGGACUUCGCCGAUGGUGAUGUUGCUCAGUUUCUUAACGUAGAGAAUGCUUACAAUGCUUUCAGUGUACUCUUUGGGACCCGUUUAAACGAAAAGUUUGCGAGCAGAUUAAAAGCCUUUACUGAAGAACAUCUUAGGAGAGAUAAUCCUGAGAAGCAUAUGAAGAAUCUCAGGACGGAGGAAAUAAAAGUAAUACCGUUGAAGGAAGAAAUGACCCAUGAGCUUCAAAAAGAAUCUGUGGAAAGUGACAAAGAACGCAAAAGAGAUCAACGUGCAAAGAAUGAAUUCAGAUCUUUGCUGAAUGAAUUUUCAGAGAAUUUAGAAAAGAAGGCGAAAUUUUUUAUUCAGAAGAACGAGGAUCCAGAUAAUGAAAAUAGGAUCAAAGAUACCGAAUCGUCCUCCGACAACAAUAUACGUUCGGAACUGAGGAUUUACUUGCCACGUUUGCAAGAAGACAUUAUGUCCAAGAAAAUCACGAGUGCGGUGAUACAUCUAUUGGUUUCAUAA